UCAUAAUCUUUAUCUUCAUAUCCGCUUCGUAACAGUGCAAGUAUUUUACACAGGCGAAAGACAGCCAGAGCAUGACAAACGGAAAAUGAGAACAGAUCCAGGCAUCCACUGACGACAGCCUCAUUAUGCGUUUAUAAGAGAGUCUGUCUGAUCUGACCAGCGUCUAGUUGGAGAAGAUUCAGCGAGACAACCCAUCGGGAGUAAACAGAUCUGGAUCUAUAAUCUGGAGCUGCCACUUAACAUGAAAGUGUCCCAAUGGAACUAAAUUCAUCAAACCUCCCCUGCAAUGACACAGUCGCCUGGAUAUGGCUGUCGUCUCUCCAGCCUCCGUUCCUGGCUCUUAUCAGCAUCCUGGGAGUGGUGGGCAACAUUCUGGUCCUCUGCGUGUUCUGCCUCCAGCGGAAGCCGUGCACCGUAGCUGAUGUGUAUCUAGGCAACCUGGCAGCUGCAGACCUCAUUAUGGUCCUGUGUUUGCCCUUCUGGACGGUCACCAUCGCCCAUGGCUAUCAGUGGAACUUUGGUCAGCUGCUCUGCAAGGUGAUCAACACUGCCAUUUCGAUGAACUACUACUGCAGCAUACUCUUCCUAGUGUUAGUCAGCAUGGACCGCUACCUCGCCUUGGCCAAACCCAUGAAUCCCAGUAAGCUCAGAAGCCCCAAAUGGGCCAAGCGUAUCUGUGUGGUGAUUUGGGUGGUGGGAUUCAUGUUUAGCCUCCCAACUCUGCUCUUCCGAAGAGUAGGUUCCUUUCCACUCAUAGGGGUGGAUGCCUGUUAUCUACAAUACCCUCACCCAGCCUGGGUGCUCCAAUGGAACCUAACAAAAAACUUGAUUGGAUUCCUGGUUCCGAUGCCAAUUAUUUCACUUUGUACUUUUCACACGGUCAAAGCGCUUAAAAACCGUGGUCUGGUGAUUCAACCGAGAGUUCAAAUGGAGAGGAAGGCCGCUCGGCUGGUUCUGGCGGUCCUCGUCGUGUUUCUCCUCUGCUGGACACCCUUUCAGUUGUUCCGGUUCCUAGAAACUCUUCACUACUUUCAGCUCUUUUCUGGGUGUCUCUGGGAGGACAUAUUGCAAAUAGGCAACCAGCUGGCUACUUAUUUAGGGUAUAGCAAUAGCGCUAUAAACCCUUUCUUGUACGUCAUUGUAGGGAGCCACUUCAGGAAGAGAGCUCAAGGAGUUUUUCAGGGUCUCUUGUAUUCUAGACGGAAGAGCAACUCCUCGGUGAUCAUAAAUGUUACUGUUAUCAGCAAGUGCAGUAACAGUGUUAAAGAUAACAGAAUAACACCGGUGGAACUGGGAGCUGUAUAUCCACCCAUCAAACCUCACAUGAUGUGUAGAUCAUUAUGAAGAGGGAAAGAAGCUUGACUGGUUGAGGUUGAGGGUUUGAUUGGUAACACUUUAUUUUGAUGGUCCCCCAACAGACUUCUUAACACCCUGCUAAUACUCUAAUGAGAGCAGAGCUGACAUAUAGUUUCAAAGAUAGAAAGUAACAAGUGUGUAAAAUUGACCAUCAAAACAAAGUAUACCCAUUUGAUUACAAUUGUGCAAUCCUGUUUUCCUUUCCUCACACCUUCUCCUUUUGUUUUAGCUGAGGUGAAUAUUUUCGCUCGUGUGGCAUGUGAAUGAUUACUGAUGAUUUUGCACUAAAAUGUUUUAAAAAUAGUUUUGUAUUUAUUACUGAUUGUAUUACGGUUACUGUUUACAUUAUAAAGACCUUGUCUCAGAGGACCACCGGGACAAGACCACAGGAAACAGAUGAUUCUUCUGCACAAUCUGACUUUGCUGCAGUCUAGAAUUGAACUACUGGUUCUGUCUGGUCAAAGGAGAACUGACCCCCUAAACUGAGCCUGGUUUCUCCCAAGGUUUUUUUCACCAUUCUGUCACCGAUGGAGUUUCGGUUCCUUGCCGCUGUCGCCUCUGGCUUGCUUAGUUGGGGUCACUUUAUCUACAGCGAUAUCAUUGACUUGAUUGCAAAUAAAUGCACAGACACUAU